AUGAGCGGAUCUAAAGGGAAUCUGGAGGUUCUAAGGUUGGAGAUGUCGUCGAUAGACAUUGCGGUUGGUCAACGAUACGAGAGUAAAGACGAUUUGGAGAGACGACUGAAACUUCUUACAGUGAGGCAUCAAUUUGAUUUUGAUGUAGAAAAAUCAACCCCGACAUCAUACGUUGUUAAGUGUUGGGUUGAUGGAUGUCUCUGGAGAGUUCAUGCUUCUACCCAAGGAGAAUCCCCAGCGUUUUAUGUUCGUAUUUACGAUUCGAAGCAUACAUGUUCUGUAACUGAGCGUUCUAAUCGAUCUCGACAAGCAAGACCAGAUAUUUUAGGAGAGUUGUACAAGAACUUUCUCGGCAACGUUGGUCCAGCCAUUCCUGACGACGAGGGUCUUGUGUUAAUCUCGGAUAGGCAUAACUCGAUAGGGAAAGCAAUUAGAAAUGUGUAUCCGUUAGCUUCUCGGGGAAUAUGCACCUACCAUUUAUAUAAGAACAUAUUGGGACGGUACAAAGGAAAAGAUGUAUUCCGUCUGGUGAAGAAAGCGGCAUGUUUUAGGAUGUCUGACUUUAGUACGAUUUUCGAGGAGACUGAAGCGAUUAAUCCUGCACUACACGGCUACCUCCAAAGAGCUGAUGUCCGACUGUGGACGCGUGUUCAUUUCCCGGGCGAGAGGUACAAUUUGAUGAAUACAAACAUAGCGGAAUCAAUGAACAGAGCAGUGUCGAAUGCUAGAGGUCUAAACAUUGUUCGAAUAUUAGAAUCGAUACGGGUUAUGAUGACCAGAUGGUUUGCUGAACGGAGAGAGGAUGCCAGAUCGCAGCCAACCACGCUUACGCGUGGUGUCGAGAAACUACUACAUGGUCGUGUAACUGCCGCCAGAGAUUUGACGGUCCAAAGGAUUGAUAAUCAUCACACUGAAGUUAAAUAUGGAUCUUCUAGCGAGUCUUUGAAUAUUGUUAAUUUGGUAGAGCGAAAGUGCACAUGUCGGCGUUUCGAACGCGAGAAAUUGCCAUGUGUACACGCAAUCGCAGCUGCGGAGUACAACAGUGUUUGUCGUAUAUCCCUGUGCAGUCCUUACUAUAACAGUGCAUAUUUGGUGAGCGCAUACGCUGAAUCGGUCAUGCCGGCUGACUCAGCGCAACCUGUUCCAGAAAUCGUGGCUAACCAACCCUGCUUGCCCCCGUCUAUUCGUCAACAACCAGGAAGACCUAAGAAAAAUAGGAUGAAAUAUGCUUUAGAAGUUGCACUUCAAAACAAACGUCCUAGGAAAGAACACACAUGUUCUCGAUGUAGACAUAGUGGACAUAAUGCGAAAACUUUUCCGAUGUAA